UCACCACCGCGAACCAGAUCUUCCACCGGAGUAGACUUCCGAUCACCACCGUGAGCUCAUUCCCUUUGCGAGCUAGUUAUCCACUACAGAACACUAAAGGCAACACUGCAUUAAUUGCAUCUGCUCUUCUUUAUUCCUCAACUAGAAGAAAAAGGAACCAAGUGGAUUGAAUCAUGAAGCUCUUCUCACUCUUUGGAAAAAAAGAAUCGUUGAAUACUCGUGCAGCAAACAAAACAUGCGGCAUAUGCUUUGAAGAAAAAACAGAUUCUGAUAUAUUUGAACUAAGAUCCAAGGUCUUCAAUAGAAGAAAAUGCAAGCACAUCUUUUGCAUUGACUGUGUACGCAAGUAUAUAGCUGUUAAAAUAAAUGAUAAUGCUUAUAAGGUGAUGUGUCCAAGUCCAAGUUGUUGUGUGAAAUUUAAGCCAAAACAUUUGAAACACAUUUUGCCUAAAGAAAUUCUUGCUAAAUGGAAGUAUUUAAUUUCUGAGUUUUCUAUGCCCUCCAAGCCAAAGACUUACUGCCCUUUUCCGAAUUGUUCGGUUUUGUUGGGGGAAGAAUUUGUCAACCAGUCUAAGUGUCCUUCGUGUCACAGAGACUUUUGUGCACAAUGCAAAGUUGCAUGGCAUGCAGGAAUGAGUUGUCAGAAAUUCCAACAAUUGAAAAAGAAUGACAAAAAUGAUUUGGAUAACAAAUUUAUGGAGUUGGUCAACAGAAAUAAGUGGCAAAGAUGUCCAAAUUGCUCUAUGUAUGUCAAGAGAAGUGAGGGGUGCAGUUUACUGAAAUGCAGGUGUGGAUGCAAAUUCUGCUACAAAUGUGGGAAGAAGCGAUCAUUUGCACCACAUACAUGCAAUAGUAGUUAG